AUUGUACUUGGCUGCCCUUUUGUCGUCUCUGGUGGCAUCAACUGUCACCAGAAAACUUGGAAGGAGACUUUCUAUGCUCUCUGGAGGUGUCCUCUUCUGUGCUGGAGCUUUGAUCAAUGGCUUUGCUCAGAAUGUUGCUAUGCUCAUUGUUGGUCGUAUUUUACUAGGUUUUGGUAUUGGAUUUGCCAAUCAGGCUGUUCCACUAUACCUAUCUGAAAUGGCUCCAUACAAGUACAGAGGAGCACUCAACAUAGGUUUUCAACUGUCCAUUACAAUUGGAAUUCUUGUAGCAAAUAUAUUGAACUAUUUCUUUUCCAAGAUUCAUUGGGGAUGGAGAUUGAGCUUAGGAGGUGCUAUGGUACCUGCAUUGAUCAUUACAAUAGGUUCACUUUUCCUUCCCGAGACACCAAACUCCAUGAUCGAACGUGGCAAUCACGACGAAGCCAAAGCUAGGCUCAAGAGAAUCAGAGGCAUUGAUGAUGUAGACGAAGAGUUUAAUGAUUUAGUCGUGGCGAGUGAGGCUUCUAGGAAAAUAGAGAACCCCUGGAGAAAUUUGUUGCAAAGAAAAUAUAGGCCACAUCUCACAAUGGCAAUUAUGAUCCCAUUUUUCCAGCAACUUACUGGAAUUAAUGUGAUUAUGUUCUAUGCACCAGUGUUGUUUAAGACUAUUGGUUUUGGUGCUGAUGCUUCUCUUAUGUCUGCUGUUAUUACUGGUGGAGUCAAUGUACUUGCAACUGUUGUUUCUAUUUACUAUGUUGAUAAAUUGGGACGAAGAUUCUUGUUCCUUGAAGGUGGUAUUCAAAUGCUCAUUUGCCAAAUAGCAGUGUCGAUUUGCAUAGCUAUAAAGUUUGGAGUGAAUGGAACUCCAGGGGAUUUACCAAAGUGGUACGCGAUAGUCGUGGUGAUAUUCAUCUGUGUUUAUGUAGCUGGAUUUGCAUGGUCAUGGGGACCUCUAGGAUGGUUGGUUCCUAGUGAAAUUUUUCCACUCGAAAUUCGAUCAGCUGCUCAAAGUAUCAAUGUUUCAGUGAACAUGAUCUUCACAUUUAUAGUGGCACAAGUAUUCUUGACAAUGUUGUGUCAUUUGAAGUUUGGAUUGUUCCUCUUCUUUGCAUUCUUUGUUGUGAUUAUGACUGUCUUCAUUUACUUCUUCUUGCCUGAGACAAAGAAUAUCCCAAUUGAAGAGAUGGUGAUUGUGUGGAAAGAGCAUUGGUUCUGGUCUAAGUUCAUGACUGAAGUGGACUAUCCUGGAACUAGGAAUGGAACAACUGUUGAAAUGUCUAAAGGGGGUAACGGCUACAAAAUAGUAUGAGCUAAAGAAGAUGUUUGGAUUUAAUUUUAAUUUUAUUUAUUGUUGUAUAAUUUUAGUGGGAUGACAUUGUUAGAUUUGAACUGUUUCUCUUGUCUCUAUUGCAUAGAAAAUACAUACUUACUGUGUUCAAUUUCAACCUCUCAACAAUUAAUAUAAUAUUAGUCAGAGCAAUUGUGUAGC